AUGAAUGAGACACUUCCAGAUCACAAAGCCAUCACAACUCCAGUCCCUACAAUCGACGUGACUACCGAAGACCAACACAAAUUCAUUGGCGUCGCAGAUAUCACCCACUUUGUUGUUCAACUAUCUGAGAAAAGAUUUGACCUGCUCAUGCAAUAUAUUGCGGAAAUCCCUUACGACUUCAACAAGCCGUGGCCAUUCUGGUUCUUCGUAGGGAAGAUCGUAUCAAAAGCCUUCUUUGACGACGAAGAGCAACUCAAGUGGCUGAACACUGUUCAGGUCCUGAACAGGGAGUUUAUCGCAUUCACCAAUACCCAAGCUAGCGAACAGGAUCUGGGGGACGAAAACGCUAGAAGGGGGGAGCUGAGAGUAGUUGAGGUCGACUUCUCUAAGCCCCAGCCAGGUGAGAAUUUGAGGUUGUUCUGGAAGCCAGCUCGAGGCAUUAUUUGCCAGAAAGUCCAAGAUUGGUUGGAUUACGAAUCGACUCAAGGUUGUACUUAG